UCUUCUCUCCUCAUCCCAUCUCAAUUGCUCCAGAUCAAGCACAAUGGCAUCAAUUCUCCCCCGUGUUGGCUUCCGCGCCUUGACCGCUCUGCCCAGAGCCACCCCUCUGCCCCGGGUGUCUUUCACGCAGUUCCCUCGCGUGCAGCCCCGCGUUCAGCCCCUCACUCGCCGGUUCCUUGCAACCAUUCCCCAGGAACAGCCUCGUCUGCGUCUUGGAUCGACCGCCCCCAACUUCAAGGCCCUUACCACCCAUGGCGAAAUUGACUUCCACGAGUUCAUCGGCAAUAGCUGGGCCAUUCUCUUCUCCCACCCGGCCGACUUCACCCCCGUCUGCACCACCGAGCUGGGUGCUUUCGCCAAGAUGAAGGAUGAGUUUGAGAAGAGAGGCGUCAAGAUGAUUGGUCUGAGCGCCAAUGACCUCAGCUCCCACGACCAGUGGAUUGAUGACAUCAACGAGGUUGCCAACACCAACGUUCAGUUCCCUAUCAUCGCCGAUGCCGACCGCAAGGUCGCCUUCCUUUACGACAUGGUUGAUCAGCGCGACUUGGACAACAUUGCUGAGAAGGGCAUCCCGUUCACCAUCCGCUCCGUCUUCAUCAUCGACCCCGAGAAGAAGAUCCGUCUCACCAUGUCGUACCCUGCCUCCACUGGCCGCAACUCGGCCGAGGUCCUGCGUGUCAUCGAUUCCCUGCAGACUGCUGACCGCAAGGGCAUUGCCACUCCUAUUGACUGGCAGGUUGGCGAGGAUGUGAUUGUGCCUCCUUCGGUGUCGACCGAGGAUGCCAAGAAGAAGUUUGGCGAGGUGCGCGAGCUGAAGCCGUACCUGCGUUACACCAAGUACUAAGUGUUUUGGGCGAAAAGAGGGAUUGUAACAACAAUGACAUGUGCAACAAAAUAUAUAUCAACGGAAUAAUACUGUUCUAGAACA